AUCAUCCGGCUUCGCGCGUCUGGGUCAACCAUCGCGACUCCGAUUGCUGAGGGCCUUCCACUGGGUCCGCGCCACCCUCGGCGCCGCCUCGCCUGGCCUCUUCCGCCGUCGCCGGCGGCGGGCCUGGCCGGAACGAUCCUCAAAGCCCCCCUCGAUCUUCUCUGCGAGCCACGCAUCUCUCUCUCUCUCUCUCUCUCUCUCUCCAGGAUCUCCUUAGUUUCUCCGAACGGCAGGCAGUGAUUUUCUCGGGGUUUCGCUUCAGUCGUCUUUCGGACCGGUGCUUCUGCAAUGAUGUGGUGAAUUUUCCGGGAAAAUCUUCGGGAAAGAAAAUUCGAUCCUCGAAGAGGCCAUAUAGACCAGGGCCCUCGUUUCGCCACGUGGCGCGUGUUGUCAAUGACCACGUCAUCGCCGUUUCCCACCCCGCCUACCAAAAAAAUGCAAAAUGAUGAAAAAUCCUCACUAAUCUCACCUGCCCUGUCUACAAUGCUCCUUCGUCUCGCCGUCCGCUCCCCGCCGCCGCUCCGGCCGGCGAUGUCGUCGAUCCUGAGGAAGAUCGUCGAAUUGGCGUCCAACCGGCCGCCCUCCGCCGCCGCCGGCGGGGCGGCCUCGGCCCAGCCGUCGUCCCUGGGGGACUUCGAGAAGCUCCCGGUGGACGUGCUGGUGCAGAUUCUGCGGCUGCUGGGGCCGAAGGACGCGAUGCGGACGAGCCUGGUGUGCAAGUCGUGGCGGUCGCUCGUGUCCGACGAUCGCCUCUGGAUUUGGUUCCUCGACGAGGAGUGCCCGAACCAGCCCCGGGAAUCGAUCUUCUUCGCCGAGACUCAUCUGCGGCACGGCUACCCGAUUCAGACGGUCCCUAGUGAGGUGCCCGAGCUAUCGUUCAUGAGUAUGUACAGCCAGCGAGCGCAAGUACCCGGUGCCGUCAUAAUUGAUGGUGGUUCUGGAUAUUGCAAAUAUGGUUGGAGCAAAUAUGAUCGUCCAUCUGGCAGCUCAGCAACCUUCCUGGAAUUUGGCAAUAUCGAAUCUCCAAUGCACGCCAGACUUCGGCAUUUUUUCGCGACGAUUUAUAGCAGGAUGCAGGUGAGGCCAUCAAUGCAACCAAUCUUUGUGUCCAUUCCAAUCUGCCACUAUGAUGAUACUGAAUCUGCAAAAGCAUCAAGACGGCAGCUCAAAGAGGCCAUCUACUCUACUUUGUUUGAGAUGAAUGUUCCUGAAGUCUGUGCCAUUAAUCAGGCAACUUUGUCACUCUAUGCAGCAGGGGAAAUUUCAGGAAUUUCCAUCAAUAUUGGUUUCCAGGCGACCUCCAUUGUUCCAAUUUUGCAUGGUAAAGUUAUGCGCAAGGUAGGUGUGGAAGUUACGGGACUUGGAGCUUUAAAACUGACAGGAUUCCUCCGGGAGCUGAUGCAGCAGAAGAAUAUUAGUUUUGAGUCAUUGUAUACCAUCCGUACAUUGAAGGAGAAGCUAUGUUAUGUUGCGGCUGAUUAUGAAGCCGAGUUAUGCAAGAACACGGAAGCAACUUAUGAACAUCCAGUGGAAGGGUCAUUUACUCUUUCCAGAGAACGCUUUCAAACAGGAGAGAUCCUAUUUCAGCCUCGCAUGGCAGGAGUACAAACAAUGAGCUUGCACCAGGCAGUAGCGCUUUGCAUAGAACAUUGCCAUGAUGCAGAGCUAAAUGCUGAUGACACAUGGUUCAAGACCGUGGUCUUGUCUGGAGGAACAGCAUGUUUACCUGGACUAGCAGAGAGGUUGGAGAAAGAAUUGCAUGGACUUCUUCCCCCUUCCAUUUCAAGUGGGAUCAGGGUCGUAACACCACCUUUUGGUGCGAAUACUGCUUGGUUUGGGGCUAAGCUAAUCACCAAUUUGAGCACAUUCCCUGGGCCCUGGUGCUUGACAAAGAAGCGGUUUCGACAGAAGUCUAGGUUCAAUCUAUGGUGAAUGCCCCGUGACUUCGAUCUGUUAAGGCUGGUGCUUAUCUGGGCAGCAGUGAACCCUUGAGGAAGUUGACUGGACAGAGAAAAUCAGCGUUUUGUUUUUCUCAGACAACAAACACUUGAAGCUAAGAUAGGUGAAUACAUGAUUAAUUGGCGUCGCAAUUCGGCCUUCUCUUUUCCUGUAUGACUUGUCCACGAUGUCCAAGAUCUUGCUGAAUAAUACUGGCAUGAGGAUUCCGCUUUUGCUAUGUUCUUGUGUGUGUGAAGAUUACAACAUGUGUUCGCGUUGGGAAUAUAUUUCAAGUGCCAACGAUUUUGUAAUUGAAGAAUUGCUCAGAAUAACAUAGUGAAUCUUCCUCUUCUCAAGUUC